UCCAACUUGCCGACAGGCGCUAGGCGAGAAGUAAUGUGAAUUUGGGUAAAAUUAUGGCAUCUAAACCUCUGAAAACACGGCCCAUUUCUGUAUUUAAUCAGCUGUUCGUUAGCAGGAGCUUUCUACUUCUUAAUCGGUGAAGUCAGAGCGCCGGACAAUGCUAGUCAGUUAGCCUGGGGUUGUUGCUAGCUGGCUAAGGAAGUUAGCCAGUUAGCUAGCAAGCCGCGUCAGCUUGCUGCUCUCUUGUUUCGCGCAUUUCAAGCCUGUCCACAGACCUCUGUAACUGUUAAACCGGUACCUAAACAAAAACGUUAGAUUUUAGCUUCACUAAUGUCAAAUAUAAAAGAGUGAAGCUUCCAUAAUCCGCUUUUAAAAUGAGAACUCAACACAGUUUCUCCUAAUCGGCUGGUUGUCUGCCAACGCUGCUCUUUUGUUUUGACAAAGGAAGAGGACUUGCAUUUCUUUCUAUUGUUUUUUUUUUAACAUCAGGUUUUGGGAAAGUUUCUUUGGCCAUUUUUUGUUUGUUUUGGCAAUGGCUCCACAUAAGCAGAGCUCCUCAGGUGGAAGCCACCCUGUGGGUUUUGGUCCCGGAGGAAAAGCCAACGGGUUCUACCAGUCGUCCUCUGCUGUGGCUGCAGCCAAGAAGCCCAACAUGCAACUCAUUCAAGCCGACCACGAGUUGUUCCUGCAGGCCUUCGAGAAACCAACCCAAAUCUACAGGUUCCUCCGCACAAGGAACUUGAUCGCUCCCAUAUUCUUGCACAGGACACUCACCUACAUGUCCCACAGAAACUCAAGGAAUAACGUCAAAAGGAAAAGCUCCAAGGUUGACAAUCUGCUGUUCAAAGUGGAAAAGAUGAGGGGUGAACAGGAGACUCACAGUCUGGCCUCGAAUCUGCAGCUCACCUUUACUGGUUUCUUCCAUAAAGCUGGGAAGCCGUCUCAGGACUGUGAGAAUGAGCAGAACUCUGUGUCUCUGGAGGUGCUGCUGGUCAAAGUCUGCCACAAGAAGAGGAAGGAUGUAAGCUGUCCAGUGAAGCAGGUCCCUACAGGGAAGAAGCAGGUUCCACUGAACCCAGACACGAGUGCUGGAGUCCAGGCCAAGCCGGGCUCCUUCCCCUCCCUGCUGGUCCCCAGCAGCGAGUUUGAACCCAGCAACUCUCACAUGGUCAAGUCUUACUCGUUACUCUUCAGGGUAUCGCGGCCUGGAUCCCCCCGAGCACAGAUCAACGGCCUCUCCAACGGAGAGAGUCACCACAACAGAGACUUUACAGAGGAAGUGGUAAACAGGAAGAGGAGGAGCUCCUCUCUCAGGGAGGAGGGAGAAACCACAUUUGUGGCUCAGAUGACUGUCUUUGAUAAAAACAGACGUCUGCAGUUGUUAGAUGGAGAGUAUGAGGUGUCUAUGCAAGAGAUGGAGGAGUGUCCUGUCAAUAAGAAGAGGGCAACCUGGGAGACCAUCCUGGACGGAAAGCGCCUGCCUCCGUUUGAGAGUUUCUCCCAGGGCCCCACCCUGCAGUUCACCCUGCGCUGGACCAGUGACUCGUCGGAUCGCUCCACCGCGCCUGUGGCUAAACCUCUGGCCACCCGCAACUCUGAGACCAACCAGGACACCAGACCCAGCACCCUGAGAGCCACGCAAACCCUGGCUCUGAAAGAAUCCAUCAACACUGACGUCCAAACCAGAAGAGAACAAAUCUCAGCAGAGCCCAGACAGAAACUACGCAUCCUCUACCAGUUCCAGUACAACAACAACACCCGGCAGCAGACGGAGGCCAGAGACGACCUCCACUGUCCCUGGUGUACCCUCAACUGCAGGAAGCUCUACAGUCUGCUCAAGCACCUCAAACUGUCCCACUCCCGCUUCAUCUUCAACUAUGUGCCCCAUCCCAAAGGAGCAAAGAUCGAGGUCUCCAUCAACGAGUGCUACGACGGUUCGUACGCAGGGAACCCUCAGGACAUCCACAGCCAGCCGGGCUUCGCCUUCAGCAGGAACGGCCCCGUCAAGAGGACCGCUGUCACCCACGUUCUCGUCUGCAGACCCAAGAGGACGAAGCCGAGUCUGUCUGAGUUUCUGGAGUCGGAGGACGGUGAUCGAGAGCAGCAGAGGACAUACAUCAGCGGACACAACCGCCUCUAUUUCCACAGUGACAGCUGUGUGCCGCUCCGGCCUCAGGAGAUGGAAGUGGACAGCGAGGACGAGAGGGACCCCGACUGGCUCAAAGAGAAAACCAUCAAGCAAAUCGAGGAGUUCACUGACGUCAACGAGGGGGAGAAGGAGAUCAUGAAGCUGUGGAACCUGCACGCCAUGAAGCACGGUUUCAUAGCAGACAACCAGAUGAACGAGGCCUGUCUGCUGUUUGCCGAACAACACGGCGCCCACAUCGUCAAACACAACCUUUGCCGCAACUUCCUGCUGCACCUGAUCAGUAUGCACGACUUCAACCUGGUCAGCACGCUGACCAUCGACCAGGCCAUGGCCCGGCUACGCCUCAUCCAGAGCCAGGCCGCUCAGAGAGACAGAGAGAGGGAGGAGGAGGAAGAGGAGGACUGGGAGACGGCCGUGGAGUCCCAGCCGGAGCUGGAGCCGGAUCCUGAUCCCGAUCCGUCUGAGUAUAAGCCCUGUAGUGACAAGACGAGCAACGGCUGCGUGGAGAACGGAAACCAGCGGGAGGAGGAGAGGGGAGGAGCGGCGACACAACGAAUACUCAGCAAGCAGAAACUCUGCGGCUCUGCUUCGGUGUUAAACUGAGAGCCACAAAGAUCCAAACAGGACGUGAGUUUGGCAAAUACAGGCCACACACCAGAAUCAACAAAAAGGCGACAGACAAACAGGUGUGAAAACACACACAGGUUACUGCAGGGAUUAUGUUUUCAUCAGCAACAAGAUGAACUUUGAAUCACAGAAGUCGUUUGUAUUUUGUUUUUCACACAUUCACAUUGAAGAGACGCUUCAGAGGCGUUUAUCGUGUCGUGACUCAUGAAAGUGAGGAGUUCAGAAAACUUGAAGCUUUGAAUCAUUUUCUCCUUUUUCAGAAAUACAGUGGUGCCGCAGUGUUUCCUCAGAUUUCCAGCCCAAAACUUUAUUAACAGCAAAACGAUGACGUGAGCACGAACCAAACUCAGCCCUCAGACUUUGUAAACUUCCAGGAUGCGACUGAUGAUGUCCUGUAUUUUCUAACUGUCAACAAAUCCCGUGAAAGGACUGAAACCAACAGCUGCUCACUCCUGUUUUUAACAAACAGGAGGAUGUGCUGCUUUCAUUGGGACUAUUUUCAGAGGAGGAUUAAUCCACAUUAGGUGCUCGGUAUUUGGGGCAGCAGGACGGUGUGUGAGGGACUCAGAUGUUUCAGGCUUUGUUUGCUGGGUCUUUGAGGGAUUUGUUGACAAUAAGAAAAAUAAAGACUAAAGUAAGACUGACUGUCAACAAACUUUUUGUAAUCCUACAAUAAUCCAGUUCCUGCAGAUGCAGCUUUUUUAAACUCUUAAUCUACAUUUCACCUGUAGCUUGUCGACCAAUCAGAUUCAUUUUGUGCUCACUCCAUAGUUUUGUAAUUCUGCUGAUUUAACUCAUUUCUGUCUUCCUCAGUGUGAAGCACCAAUCAGUGACCUUCCAGACACACUCAGCUCCACCAAAGGUUUUCAUUCAUCACUGAGCACGUGUACGUGCACGUUAGUAUCACAGGUGUCUGACCAGGUGUCCAGGUCUCUGAUCAGGCCUUCAGGUCUCUAAUAAGGUCUCUGGGUCUGUGACCAGGUGUGUCUGCAGCCUCUGCCACCAUGAGUCCACUUUAGUGUCUGGCUGCCUGAACUCGGCUGCAGCUUCACACACUUUACCGGUUUUUAAUUCUCCAUCUCCAUCAGUUUAUAUUGAUAUUUAUUGUGUUUUUUAUUUUUCUAAUUUCUGAAGUUGAUUGCGAGCGCGCUCAGACUGCUGUGAUCAGAGUCCUGGAUCCGUUUACAUCUCAGAUACUCCAGUCUGAGGACUCCUCUGACUUUCUGUCACUGGGAUAAAGCUGUUUACACGUGCAGACAAAUCAACAGGAUUCACCAAAAACCAGAUCAGUACUGGGACACUAGUGGGCAUGUACUCAUGCUUCCAGUACAGCUUCUACUACUGGUGCUAGAACUUUUUUUUUUUAUUCCUCAGAAACACUCGGUGGAAUCAGUUAACACUGCCAGAACUCACAGAGGUGGAGACGCGUCGCUGCUUUCUCGGUGCAGCUGAGCACAGGACAACAACCGUGUCCCCCGCUUCACGUUCUGCCUCCUGUGAAAAGGGGUCAGCGAUGUCCGGCUCGCUCGGAAGGCUCCGAGAAACGCAGCCAGCUUCUCGCAAAAUCAGGGCACAGCACAAGCAGGAGAGUGUCCUCUGUGACGUCCGUUGUCGUGUCAGUCGCUUGUUUAGUUUUGUUGUAGUUUGUCUGAUGCUGGAGGUGGAGGCGGGUUCGGGUGUGGGUCCGGGUGUGGGUUUGGGGUUUAUCCGGGUGCUGGUUCCAGUUUCUUUGAUGUGAGAAGCUGCUGCUCCUUAUGAACUGAAUCCUUUUUGGCUCUGGGAAUUUCUCUUGUGCUAAAUGACUAAUUUUACUAAAUGAUCACUAAUGAAACGAAGUGAUUGAGGAGGAGCCUGAAACAGGACCCAGGGAAAAGCAGCAACAUGAACUGGAGAUGCCGUAGUUUUGAAGUUAUCCUUUGUUUUUUGUUUUUUUUUGGUUUAUGUUUCCUCCUCGUUGUUGCCCACUGCUUCUGUUGUCAUGUACAUAAGACUCUGUGAAACUCUGUGUAAUAAAUUAGCUUUUGAAUACGGUUGUUUGGAGACCUGAGCGCCGCCCGGGAGGUUUCGUUAGUUUCUUAGUUUACAGACCAAAGGGGAUGAAUUUGCUGCAGAUUUCUCUGAUCUUGUUUCGCGUCUCCUGUGGAAAUAUUUCUUGUUUUUGUAAAAAGAAACAAAAAAAAAAGAUUCAGAUUCAGACUCAGGCUGCAUCUCUGAACCAUCUGACCCGGUACCACAGCCCACGAAUGAGUCGUACUUUGGUGAAACGGAGGAAGUACAGUGCAGAUGCUGGUGCUUGUACAGCUCCACUUUGAUCAGCAUGAGCCUCCAGAUGUGGCCAGCUGUCAGGACUGGCACUGAUGUAGAAACAUUGUGAGGUUUGAUGGAAACAGGUGGAUUUAUGGGUAACCCCGCUCUUUAAAAGCUUUACAUCAGUCUGAAGCCGCUUGGGUUCAUGUGUGAUGGUUGUGAGUGACGUGCAGAGCACUUUGUGCGCCCGCUGUUGAUUUAAAGGGUUUUUUUUUUUUUGUUCAUUCACAUGAAACCAGCAGCAUUUUGCACAGGACGAGAGGAGCCAUGUCAAGAAAACGAGACUUUUCUUCAACAAUGAUGUAAAACCAGCUGAGGCAGAAUGGUUUUCUAUUAAAAGAACAAUUUUGAACAACGA